AUGGGAACGGGAGGCCGGGCCAUGGCAGCCGUCGAUGCCACUGCCGGCGCCGCGGAGGAUUCGGCCCGGCCGACGUACGCAGGCAACAUGCUCAUCCACCGACUGAAAAUCAGCGGAAUGCUGUCAUUCGGGCAAGAAGGUAUUGACCUGCCGAUGGAGCCCCUUAACGUGCUCAUCGGGCCCAACGGGUCGGGCAAGUCCAACUUCAUCGAAGCACUGGCUUUGCUGCAGGCGGCGCCGCGGGAUCUGUCCGCACCGGUGAAGCGGAUGGGCGGCAUUUCGGAGUGGCUGUGGAAAGGAGAUGGGGCGCAAGGAGGUGCAACUCUAGAUGCAGUGAUUGGCUACCCGGAAGGCACGAUGCCCUUACGCCACGAAAUGACGUUCUGUCAAACUGGGGAACAGUUCGAGAUCAUAUUCGAAACCGUGGAAAAUGAGCCUUCCACCACUGAUGAGAUCGACACUGACCUACACUACUUGUACCUGCGUGGCAACCCGUCAAUCAGUGAGGUUGAUUAUGAAACCAGAGGUAGGUAUAGGUUGCGAAACCUCGGUCACGGCACGUUGAUUCGCGAUGCAUCGAUACUCUCACAGAGAGAAGACCCAGAUCGUUAUCCAGCAUUGGCGUGGCUGCAGCAGCAAUAUAGGCAAAUCAAGCUAUACCGAAAUUGGGAGUUUGGGCCGGAUGCGGGACUGCGUAGGUCACCGCGAGCAGACGAACCCAGCGCAUUUCUGACGGAGCGCGGCGAGAACCUGCCACUGGUUCUGUCCAAGCUGCGGGGCGACCGACGCCAGACUUUAGUCAAAUCACUGCAACAGCUUUACGAUGGCAUUGAGGAUUUCCAGGUCGAGGUUGGUGGCGGACGCGCUGAGCUUUUCAUAGUCGAACGCGGCGCCGGCGAGCGAUACAUACCCGCGUCCCGCCUGUCCGACGGCACGCUGCGCUACAUGGCGUUGGCGGCCAUUUUGCUGGACCCGGAGCCGCCGCCGCUGGUGGUAAUCGAGGAGCCGGAGUUGGGGUUGCACCCGGACGUGGUACUCGGCAUCGGGGAAAUGCUGGUCGAAGCCUCCAAGCGUACGCAGCUAGUCAUAACUACCCAUUCGCGCACGUUGAUAGACGCACUCCAUGACCAACCAUCAAGCGUGGUGGUGUGCGAAAAACACGACGGGAAAUCCAUCUUUGAGCGAUUGGAGCCCGCCCCAUUGAAAAAAUGGUUGGACAAGUACAGUCUCGGUAAUCUGUGGAGCGCCGGCGAUUUAGGAGGAAACCGGUGGUGA